CCUGUUGCAGAACUUAUCCUGUAGCUUUGUGCUCCUUUUAUCCUUGAUCCCGUAGGUUGUACAUCGGAGACACGUGAAAAUGGUAUAUCCGUGGUUUCAUUCCAUUCCAGUAUUUGAGCCCAUUAUCGCUAAACAUAUAAUGCAUCGGACGGGUGCUGUCAAUAUAGAAAUGUAUUUAUUGCACGCGUUCAUACAAAGCGUAGUUCAUUGAUGUUAGGAAAUCCCAUUUCCUACUUGCAGUGCAUCAAUUGCGGCUGACCUGCUUCAACUUGUGGCUGACGAGGCAUGUAUAAAUCAUGUCACGGACUGGACUAAUGCGUACCUCCAGCAACCAUAGUCUAGAUUACUUCCAGCCUGUCCUCGCUUCUCCAUAGAUAUUUCCUCAAGUGACCAGCUCCUCGAUCCUCCUCCUCCCCCUAGUCAAGUGGCAAACCCCAACAGAGACAUUUCAAGUUGGAAUCGCAGCUUGUUUUCUUCGAAUUUUACAUGUCAAGGAAUAUGUCAUCGAAAGAACACGACGCCAUGAAGCUCCUAGCAAAGGUCGCGGAUGCAUUCGACAAUCCACUGGCAAAGGAAUUCUACAAGACCAUCCGUUUGAACUCGAUCGCCACACAUCAGCCACAAACAAAUCGCUCCGAGCCCAAUAAAUUCGUUCAUCCAGCAAGGUUGCGCCUCCGUGAUUCUUUAAUCGAUUUUAGCCAUGCCUUCGAUGAACUCGACAUCAUGAACUUGACAGAUGUAUCCUUUCUCUCUCAGUGGACUUCCACCUCGGAAAUAUCAGUAUGUUUCCCCCGUAACUUAGGCAUAGAUGAACAGGGAGACGUGUCAGAAGACGAUCUAGAUGAGGAAUAUACCUCUUCUGAAGAGUUGAUGAAAGCGUUAUCCACUGGUAGUCCUCUUGAUAGGCUGAUUCAGCUUGCUCGCGUGGAGCUCAAACAAAGUGGAUGGUUUGAAAGAUCAGACAAAUGGCUAAUACUCGAUUCCGGUCUUUCUGGUCCUGUAACUCCAGUAUCUAAGUCACUUUCAACGCCUCCAACGCCUUUCAAGAGCAUGGUGUUCCUCCCCACACCUCGCAGUUCCAGCGGCUCUUACUUGAUGCCUGUCUCUGCCUUUGGGUCUACCAUUCCCAACUGCAAGUACGACGAGCCAGGUGUAUUCGAUGGCGACUUUCUUGAUGUUUCAAGUCUGCUCUACGAUAAACCUUUGCCUUCCAUACAAGAACCUGCACGAAAACCGUUUGGUCGCGUCAAGAAAUUUGUUAAGAAGGUUAUAGCUUCUUCGGGUGCGAAUACCGCUGUGGCCACUGCUAAGAUCAGACACUCGAUGCUCUUGCGGACUCCACCAGGGCCUACGGCUGCAUCACAAUCGAGUGGAAGCUGGACAGCAGCAGGGUGGACAACGUUAUCUUCGCAACAUAGCCAGACGCAUUCCCCCACACCUUCACCAAGCUUCAUCCUCAUGGAUCCCACCACCGCGAGCAAUGCCCCAGACCCGAUACUAAAUUCUGUUCUCGAAAAAUCUCGGACUGCAGCAGCAUUCGAUUCAGUGCUACCUGAUGAACUAUCGUACUUGGUCACCGCCUUUUCUCCUUCUCAGACUCCAGCCUUGCGUUCAAAAGCAUAUCUCGUGCUAGCAGCAUUUUGUCAAGGCGUCAGAACAUCUUCAUCAGAAAAUGCAGGAAAGAAUCAGGAAGGCUCCCAUGACCUAGCUACGAAAUCUCUCACCGAAGUCUUUCAUCCACACAUUGUAGCUUACUUCACCAAAUACCAGGAGAGCGAUAUAUUGGAUGUCGUAUCCUUCUUGACUGCCUUAUUUCAGGUUGACUGGCAAUCCGCCUCGUCUUUGUUCCAAAUGGAGGGAUUCGUCGAUUUCGUGACAGAUGCUCUUGAUCUUUGCUCAUCCCCUCAAGUAUUUCUCGAAGUCGCCCACCUCCUUGGCCAGGCCAGUGGUUACAAACCAUGUCGCGCCGUAAUCCCCUCUGAACUAACUCAAUGGCUGGAGUCCAAAUCUCGUCAGACGAAAGAUAGUGCUCUUCGAGCGGCUGCUAGUGUCUCUCUGGUCAAGAUGUCGCAUGGAUCUGCCGCAGAUACAGCCGCAGUCUCCACCGGCACGACUAAUGUGUCACAACUCGCAGCGAAUGAUGAAGAACUGGCAAAGACUUUGAAGGGCAUGGUUAUUAGCGGGAUUAGCUCGUCUUCCCAAAAUGAUACAAUCGAGGGCCUGGCUUAUCUUAGCGUCAACCCUGUGGUGAAGGAAAGUCUGGCAUACGAUUCAGUUUUUCUGACCAAGCUUUUUUCACUGUUCCCUCGUCGCCAACCGUCUUCCGACUCAACAUCGCUCUAUGGAAUUCUCGUCAUCAUAUCCAACCUAUGCGCUUACAAACCUCAGUUAAGCGAAGAGCAAGCUCAGAUGGAGAAACUGAAACGAAUGACAAAGCCUGGAGAGAAGUCUGCCAAAGUAGGAGCUCAUGAUGCGCUUGAAGAUGACGCUCGCGUCAAAGCAAGGGCCAAAUCACUGGUUGCCCAAGGUGCGCUGGGUGUGCUAGCAAUUGCAUCGAGGAUGGAGAGUCAGGGGGUAAGAGUCACUGCUGGCAAAGCUUAUCUCAGUUUGGCGCAGGAUCAAGAAAACAGAGGGAAGAUUAUGCAGAGUGGCGGCGCAAAAGCGUUGAUAAGUCUGAUACGACAUUCGCUAGCCUCAUCUCAUUCCUCGCAGCCAAACGCGAGUUCACUCGACGUCAACGAUCUCAAUGCAAUACAGGCUUUGGCGAAGCUCGCCAUCACAGCUUCUCCAUUCCAGGUUUUUGGCCCCAACGAGGGUGCCAUAUAUGAUGCAGUCAGGCCAUUUUGUCAGCUGCUCCUUCACGAUUCUUCUACGCUUCUACAGCAGUUCGAGGUGAUGAUGGCGCUGACCAAUAUAUCUUCGUAUACCGCUGAAUGUGCCGCUCGCGUCGGUAAAGCAGACGGCCUACUCAACAAGGUGGAGGCCUUCAUAUUGUCCGAUCACACACUUGUUCGGAGAGCCGCUGUGGAGCUUAUCUGCAAUCUUAUUGCAGGGUCGGAAGAGGUCUUCGAGAAGUACGGUGGGAAGCAGUCCAAGGCAGCACAGUCGAAGCUUCAGCUCCUAGUAGCCAUGUCAGACGUAGAAGAUAUGCCAACCAGGCUAGCAGCAUCCGGUGCCUUGGCUACGGUAACAAGUGCUCCAAGCGCUUGUCAUGCUCUGUUCGAACUACAAAUGGAUCGUCACCGUGUAUUCCCUAUACUCGCACGUCUAAUCGAUCCUUCACUUAUUUUGGAAAAUGAGUCAGACGAGGAAAGCGAUGAAGAGAUAGAGUCAGAAAGCAGUCCAGGCUUGGUUCACCGAGGGAUGAUCUGUAUUCGCAACGUACUGCUCAACAGCAAGGAUUCUUUCUCAAGAGAGAUGAUCGUCUCAGAAUCAGAAACGGCUGCACUCAAAUUAGUCGUCGCCAAAAUACUCAAAGGAGAAGUUGGACCACCCGACACGACGAUAACCAAAGUUGCGAUAGAAGUGUUGCAGUUUCUAACGGUAAAUAAUAAGUGAUAGUGAUAUAUUAUAUUGGAUUUGUUGCGUUUGAUAAGUCAUGAAGUGAGUUACUUGGACUGGUUUGUUUCCGAGAUAUUUCCUUCACAAACCCCUUCACCUCGUUGAUCUCAUAGUUUCUUCAUCGGCUAUUCGUCCCCCAGCCGUGAUCCUGCGAACCCUCGAACUUGGCACCAAAAUCUUUCCAACCAACUAGUCUCAACGUCGACUUCAGUGUUUUUAUAAGGAUAUCAAGGUCCCCAGGUGCACAGUGACGCUGUGGCCAGUCCUGUACCCAAGCCUAAGUUCUACUACAUCAACCAUGUCUGUCACUCAAGAAACGCAAAUUUUCCAUGUAACACAAUCGUCGUGAUUUGCACACAGUCAUCGAGGCCGGGUAUAAACCCGAUGUUAUCCGCGUUAUAGGCGCUGAUCUUCAGAUGCCUUAUUAUGCCAUUGAUGUUCCUUGGGGACUGUUUUGCUUUGAUAUGCCGGCCUUUUCUCCUCUGCUUUGGGAUGUUUUUCUUCAGGUGCCUUGCUUCGCCACUUGCGCUCCUUCUCCUUGGGGGCUGUCUUGCUCUGAGACAUUCUACUUCUUUCAUCUGAUCUAUUCGUUUUUUGUGAUUCUUGUGUAUUUCUUUUCCAUCCGCCUCUUUCUUCAAAUUUUCCUCCCUGUCCUCGCUCGCCUGCUUUCCGCUGUUUCCAGUGAGGCUGAGGUUGCCAUGGCUGCUUACUCUUCCAUGGCUUCGUCUCGCCCGAGGCCCCACGAGCAGAUUUAUCCCCCACUUUCGGCCCAUUUGCCGUUGGAUGGCCUCGAUAUACUGAUGGCCCAUUUCCUAGCUUUACAUCAGUUAUCACUUUGGUCUUUUGACUAUGCAUCAUACCAGUCUGGGUAUUUUGGACCCUACGUGCCAUCUCUUGCUGGUUAGUCAAAAUGUCAAGUAAUGCAUUG